AAUAACAGCUGAUAUUUAAAGGAAAUGUUUACUAUUUUAAAAACAGAAAAAACCCUACAUGUUAAUUUCGCUAGACGUUUGAUGAGCAGAAAAAAACAUUAACACAAUCAUUUGGAACUACUUACUCAUUAAUUUGUUUUGUAAUUUCUACUUGGAACUGGACUAACUACUAGAUACACCCAUCUCAUACUUCUCAUAUCAUGUAUCAAACUUAUCAGUCUGUCCAUUCAUUUGAUGCACACACCAAAAGUACAAUACCAUAUAUGUAUAACUUCAAGGUAUUCAUAGAAUUUUUAUGUCUUACUAUUGUGUGGAAUUCAGUGAUUGCUGUACCACUCAUAUUCCAAAGUGAAACCAUGGACGGAAAAACCUAUCCAACUGUCAAUACAAUUGCUCAAAUGAAUAACAGUAAUUUUACCAUCAAUAGCAAUGAAAACAAUGAAACAGUAACUACAACAGUGAGCAGUAUUGAAGGAACUGGAGGUGUUGUUGAAAUACAAACUGAAACUUGUGACGACCCAUUAAAAGAAUUUGUAUCUCCUGUACGUGGUAUACCACGUUGUUGUCGUAAAUGUGAACCCGGCAAUGGUAUGUUACGUUUAUGCUCAAAUGCAGAAGAUACACAAUGCCGACCAUGUAAACCAGGUUUUGAAUUUUCGCCUUUUAGAAGUGCAACAAAAAAAUGUUUGCACUGUCGACGUUGUGAAGAGGUUCAUCCAUUAGCGAAAACACGUAAUGAAUGCACUCCCAUAACAGACACAAUAUGUCAAUGUGAAAAACCAUACUAUAUGUCAGAAAAAGAACAAACAUGCAAACCAUGCACUGUUUGUAAACCUGGUGAAGGUAUAGUACAGGCAUGUGGUUGGAAUUCCGAUACACAAUGUCAAUCAUGUCCGGCUGGUUUCUGGUCUGCACAAAGUAUUGAUAAUGUAAAGUGUAUACCUUGUCAAUCAUGUGGAAAAGAUCAAGUUUUAGUAAAAGAAUGUUCAUCAACAUCAGAUACUCUUUGCUGUCCAUUAAAUAAUCCCAACUGCACACAUGAAUUGUCAAUGUAUUUCGACUAUUCAGCAUACGACCAAGAAUCGGAUAUAUCAGACAAUAAUAACAAAUCUAAUCAAAUGUUGCCAAUUUAUUGUUCCAUCAUGGGUUUAAUAAUUAUUUCAUUAUUAUGUUAUGUUGUAUACAAAUUAUGGCGACAAAGAGAAGCGUCAAAAAAUGCCAAAUUAACUGAUUCGUACAAUAGUAACAAAACUGAUUUAUUAGAUAGAACAUCUUGUUUGGAUAAUAAUCAUUUACAACAUCGAAGAAUCUCAUCAGGUUUCAUAAAUAAUAAUAAUAAUGCUCAUUUACCAAAUCAUUCACCUCAGUCUACAACUGAACUUAAUAACACUAUUAAUUCAACACCCGAUAACGAUAUUAAUAAUCAUCUUCAAUUUAAUGAUAUUAUUGUUGGUCAUGAAAAAGCACCAUUACUUGGGAAAUUAGAUCAUUCAAACAGCUCAUUUAGUAAUUUUGAACAAAAACCAAUAUCAGUAAUUCCAAUGAAUAUACUAGGAGUUAUUUGUUAUCGUUUAUCUCAACACGGAUGGCAGGAACUGGCUAAUAUAAUGGAUUUAGAAACAAGCAAAUUUGAUCAAUUACCCCCAGAGGUAACAUCAGACUUAUUAUCAGCUGCUAUGGAAGCUCAAAAUACUGUUGAAUCACAUUUAAAACUAUGUAAUCAAGAUAACUCUAAUACAAUUCAAUCAAUCACUAAUAACAAUCCUAAAAAUAACUUAACAAUGACCGUUUCAAUGUUUCAAUAUAUGUGUCUACAAAAUACAGUGAAUUUAGGUCAACUAAUGAAUUCUUUACAAAAACUUAAUCGUUCAGAUCUUGUCGCCUUAAUUCAACAACACACUGGAAUAAUAAAAUCGAAAAAAUCUAUCAAUCAUUCAAAUGAAGAAUAUAAAGAUAAAACAAAAUCAAUGAAAUCCAAAGAAAAUUUCCAAAUAGAAAACUAAUUACAAUUCUUUAUUCCUAAUAUAAAUAGAUUAUCAUUGAAUAAAGAAGAUAUUUAAUUAGUUUUACUAGAAUAGUACUUUUAAUCUAAGUCAAAAUAAUCAUAGCCUUUCAUUAAUUUACUUUACCCUAAGUCAAACAUUAUAAUUAAUUUACAGGAUGAAAGGAUAAAAUACAUUGUUGAAUUAUAAGAUCUUUUUUAAUACUUUUUACAGUUUAAUCAUAUUUCAUUAUUAUGUAACAACAAUAACAAUAACAAACUAUAACAAAUCAUCUAUUUGCUAUUUAAUUUUAAUAUUAUUUCAAACCAGUGAACUAUUAAACAUUUUUUCUAUUGACAAUUGAAUGCAUUUCAAACAAAAAGAAUAUCACAAUGAAACAAUAGUACAUAGAGAGUCAAGGCAUGAAAUUAAACAAAACUUUGUCAAUAUAAAAUACCCAUUCUUACUUUUCGUUUGUGUGUAUGUGUGUGUAAUCAAAUAUAUACUUGUUACAUGUUAUUGAUAUGUUUCAUGGUUUUAUCUCUGUAUAUUGUGUGCUAACUUGUUCAUUUGUCAAAUAUCCAACAUCUUUUUUAAUUCAAACAUUUAAUAAAAUCGUUUAUCUGAUCAUGUUAUUUUGUUGAAUUUUUCUAUGAUAAAAACAAACAAACAAACAUACACUUGAGUGUUAACUUGAACAAUGUUAAACAAGAAUUGAAUGGUUUGAUUUGUGUAAAAUAUAAUAAGUGUUUAUCUUCUAUACCGGAAAUAUAUUUCAAUGAUGAUAGAAUAUUCUUAACAAUGGUUGAAUGAUGUAUGGCAUAAAAGAAAAUAUAAACAGAACUAGAAAUUGUUUAUUAAUUAGCCGGUGAUCAAUCUAUUAGAAAAAAACAACAUAUAUAUUGACAAUUGUGUUUAAUGAUCUAUUGCUUUUAUUGUAAGUUUCCAAUUUCUUUUUAUCAAUAUUACAAAACUAACAAUAACUAUUGUUACUAUUCCCUUUUAUUAUUCAUAUCGCCUAUUUGAUUAUAAAUUAAUAGUUAUUUAAAGAAUCUUUAUACAACUGUUUACCUAUUCUCAUGUUUCUUUUGUUUUUGAUUUUCUGAAUAAAAUAGGAUAAAAUAAUAUUCAAUGUUAACUUAAUACAUUUAUUGAGACAUUUUGUACAUAAUGAGUCGCCUUACAUCUUAAAAUCCAUUUUAUAUUGAGAUAUAAACAAUAAGUGUUUUUUUUCUUCUUUUUUUUAACAUGCUCUAUUCCCCAUUUAUUUUUUGUUUUGCUUCUUUUCAUGCAUAAAAUGCAAGAAAAAGUAAUCAUAAUAAAACUUAAUAUGAUGGCAUAUAUUACUUAUUAAUUAGGUUGAUUUCCUUAUUGUUUCUUACUUAUUUGAAUUUUUCUGUACAAAUUACAAUUACUUUUACUGAACACACAUACAUGUAUACUUCUGCCAUUAUGUUUUCUUUGCUUUGAAUAAAUUUAUGAUAUUUCACUCUGA